CAGACGGCUUGGGCUUCGUCGCCUGUCCUGCACUCCCCCACAGGGUUCUCUUUGCCAUUUUAGGAUUCAAACCUCUUUUGUUUGUGCGGGUGCCUUCCAUGCGCCAACCCGUUCAUCCUCUCCAAUUGCGCCAACCCGUUUUCAUCUUCCCACCCACCCGUCCCGUCUAUCAGCUCCAAUCGCACGUAACAGCCGCCGAACCAGCAGCACCAGAAUUAUCAGCAGCACCAGCACGGCUGUCGCUGCGGUGUCGUCAGGUGCAGCGGACGCGGCCACCGCCUCCGGUGCCUCUGACUCGGCAGCCUUGGCCGCACCUACGGAGAUCAAGAGCGAGGAGUACAGUGAAGACAUGCAGAAGAAGAUGGGCACCACCCUCAGCUACCGCCACGAGCUGGGGAUAAACUACAACCGCAUCUUGCCCGACCUGAUCGUGGGCAGCUGCCUGCAGACGGUCGAGGAUGUGGACCUGCUGGCGGAGAAGGAGGGCGUGCGGACCGUCUUUUGUCUGCAGGAAGAUUCGGAUAUGGCCUAUUUCAACUUGGACGUCAAACCCAUUCAGGCUCGAUGUGAGGAGCGCGGUGACAUUAAGCAUGUCCGCUUUCCCAUCCGCGACUUCGACCCUUUUGACCUUCGAAGAAAGCUGCCAAAGGCGGUCACACGGCUCGCCCGUGAUCACAACCCCGCCAACGGCACCGUCUACAUCCACUGCACCGCAGGACUGGGUCGAGCUCCCGCAACCGCGCUGGCUUACAUGUUUUGGCUUCGUGGCUACCAGUUGGAUGCGGCGUACGAGCUGCUCCGGGGGAAGCGCAUGUGCAGCCCGAGGAUAGAGGCCAUACGUUCAGCCACGGUGGAUUUGUUGGUCGGCACCGAGCCUGUUCUGGCCACCAUCGGUGUCAGCCGCAUAGGGACAGCCAGGGACUUCAAGAUCGCCGGCCUCGAUGUGGGUUGGCACCAGCAGCUUCCCCUGGAGCGUGAGGACGGCACUGGCCGCAUGGUGCUGCGCCGCCUGCUGCAGCCCGGAAAGUACGCGUACAAGUUCAUUAUCGAUGGAAACUGGACCUACAGCGCUGAUCGUAAGUAA